AUGACGCCGAGGUCGACUGUUAGUAACAAUCCAUCCCCCAGUGUCGGCCAGCCUACGCCACCAGCGGUUCCUUCGUCAACCUCGGGCACAGCCGCUACCAAUGAAUCUGACAGUGACAACCUACCAGAAGAACGCCCAACGCACACAUCAGAGAUUGGCACCCUCAAGAAGCUCCCUAAUCAUGGCACCGCCUGGCUAGGCAGCUCUUCCGGUGUCUACUUCGUCAACACGGUGCGACGUGCCUUUUCCGCCGCAUUCGUCUCCUCGAACACGGGCGGUGCCAAUGCCGUUCCCGCCAGCGAGGAUAUUCUCACGGGCGAGGAUGCCGAAGGUCGCUCCUACAAUGGCCCCCUGUACGAGGGACCAAGCACCUCCGAUCAGUUCCCCACGAUUCUGGCCUCUGCUCUGGGCAAACCUCCAGCGAAAAAGAUCGCCAUCGAAUUGGUAACCUCUUUCUUUACCGCGUGGCACCCACUGUUCCCCUUCCUCCAUGGCCCUAGUUUCAUCAAGGAUAUGGAAACGAUAUAUUCCACACAGCGUCGCCCUUCGAAAUCGACAAAGGACAACCCUGCUCCCACCGACUUGCGGAAACUGCUCACUUUUCAGCUGAUCAUCAACAUCGCCUCUCUGGACCGGAGCGAUAUUCAUCUUCCCAUGGAAUCGCGCGUUAAAUCCACCGCCGAUGUAUCUCGAGUGGCUGGUUGCCUGGCCAUCGACCAUGAUCUCGUUACCAUUCAAGCCAUUCUUGCCGCCGAACUCUAUCUCACCGCCACUCUGGCUAUUCGCCAAGCCAGCACUGUUGCUGGAAUCAUCAUUAAACUAGUCUAUCAUGCUGGAUUGCAUCGAUGUCCCCUCCGCUAUGCUCAACUUUCGCUUGAAGAUUGCGAAAUCCGCAAACGGAUAUUCUGGUCAGCAUACGCCCUGGAUCGGCAUUGCAAUCUAAAUCUCGGCGAUCCCAACGUGAUUCAAGACGAUGACAUCGACGUCUGCUUAUCGGGGCCCGAGCUUCAUAAGGCUCUUGCGCGAGAUCUGAUGCCUAAUCCGGAUGGAGAUAUGAGCAUGCACAUGCCCCCUCCACGUGCGCUCCCAGAAGAUCCACGCGUGGCACAAUCCGACAACGACGGGCCUGAAGCUCAAGAGAAAAGGUUAAGAGAGGCCGCCCUGACCGCCUAUGUGCAGUGGGGCAAAUUGACUGGUCAGAUCAUUGAAGUCUUUCACAAAAGCAUCAACCAUCGCUUUCCCAAACAUGAACAAAUUCUGCGUCUUACCAGCGACAUUGAGACUUGGUGGAAUGAUCUCCCAGGCUUUCUGAGUGGUGAAGUUGAGGCAGGCCAUGAGAGGAGCAACCAUGAAUCCGCGGAUAUCACCAACACAAACCCAACACCUUCAACGACCAAUGGUCAUAAAGCAUCUGCAGGCGGUGACGCCGACACAUCACCUGUUGGUCCUCCGCAGCAGCACCUUGCCAGCUUUUUCAAGAUCCUGUAUCACCGACUGCUUCUCCUGGUCAAUCGGCCUCGCCUUUCCCUCGACCAGUCCACUCCCGAAUUCCAGCACGGCCUGCAGCUCUGCAUUCGAGCUGCGCGUGGGAUUCUAGCGGGUCUCAGAGCCCAUAGACAACAGGGUCAAUCGAUGUUUCUUCCUGGUCUCCUGUCUGCGGCGUGGAUGUCUGGCCUAAUCAUCGCCUUCGCCUGCCAGUUGGGCAAAUAUGCCAAAGCUCGAGCACUCAGUGAUAUGCAAGCGUGCCUGCAUCUGCUGGAAAGCAUGAACAUCAGGUGGUACACCGUGCAAAAUUGUCACAAAGUCCUGAGCCUACUCCUGAUCAAUAUUCAGUCACGGAAGGCCUCGAUCAACGGUUUCCUUACCGUUCCUAAGCCAGAUCAAUCACCGCAGAGCAUGCCUACCGAGUUCGAUCAGCCAUCUCGAAAACGGCCGCGCACCACGAGUGGCAACGAAGACGCCAGUCCUCGUAAAUCUUCGGCGGCAGACUCCACCACCAGCUCACCAAUCCAAGGACAUAUCUCAACGGCAGCUGGGAAUAAUUCUCAGCCGCGUCCGAAACAUCAAGCAUCGACCCCCAACAGCACACAAACGUGGACACCUUCCACCACGUUCGACCCUAACAAUCCCUCGGCCCUCACCAAUCCUACAGGCAGCCUCUCGAUGUUUGACUUUUCCAAUUGGGACCGCGGUCAGCCGACCACUCAACCCCAAUUCAACCCCGGCAUCGGCAGCGCCGUGUAUGCCACACCGCAGGAUCUAGCAUUUGCGCAAUCAACCAUGAACAUGAAUCUCCCCGGUCAAUCAGGGUCGAGCAGAACCGGGGGAGAUGGAAGCAACACGAACAUACAAGAGUACUCGGACCCCAUGUUCUGGGGCAAUAUGGAUUACAACGUGGCUGAUAUCUUUGGCUCUGCCACGUGGGAGAACAUGACGGGGCCGUUUGCCCCAGGAGGGGGCGUUAAUAGCGGGUGGGAAAUGUGA